AUGCCUCCAAAGGGUAAGAAAGUUGCUCCCGCCCCCUUCCCUCAGGGCAAGGCCGGUGCCAGCAAGAAGACCAAGAACCCUCUUAUCGAGUCCCGCUCCCGCAACUUCGGUAUCGGCCAGGACAUCCAGCCUAAGCGCAACUUGUCCCGCUUCGUCAAGUGGCCCGAGUACGUCCGUCUUCAGCGCCAGAAGAAGAUCUUGAACCUCCGUCUCAAGGUCCCUCCUGCCAUUGCCCAGUUCUCCAACACCCUCGACCGCAACACCGCCGCCCAGACCUUCAAGCUUCUCAACAAGUACCGCCCUGAGUCCAAGGCCGAGAAGAAGGAGCGUCUCCUCAAGGAGGCCACCGCCGUUGCCGAGGGCAAGAAGAAGGAGGAUGUCUCCAAGAAGCCAUACGCCGUCAAGUACGGUCUCAACCACGUUGUCGGUCUUGUUGAGAACAAGAAGGCUUCUCUUGUCCUGAUUGCUCACGACGUUGACCCCAUUGAGUUGGUUGUCUUCCUGCCCGCUCUUUGCCGCAAGAUGGGUGUUCCUUACGCCAUCAUCAAGGGCAAGGCUCGUCUCGGAACGGUUGUCCACAAGAAGACCGCUGCUGUCGUUGCUCUGACCGAGGUCCGCUCCGAGGACAACUCCGAGUUCUCCAAGCUCGUCUCCGCCAUUAAGGAGGGUUACUCUGACAAGUACGAGGAGAACCGCCGUCACUGGGGUGGUGGUAUCAUGGGUGCCAAGGCCAAUGAUCGCCAGGAGAAGAAGCGCAAGGCUGUCGAGGCCGCCAUCAAGAUUUAA